GAAGGCAGAAAAAGAGAUGGAAACACCGAGGCCGCCUGCCCUCACCGCCAGGGAAGUGGGCUAAUGAGAAACACACUUUUGCAGGCAGUGUUCACACGUGAAUUUAAUUACCCUGUUUUUUAGGAGUUGCUCCUUUUUGUUCAGAUUUGGGGUGGGUUUUUUUUUCUUUCAUUUAACAGAGAGGUCACAGUCGUCUAAUCUAUCCUUGAAAGACUCCAAGGGAGAAGAAAUACCCUCUUCAAUUUGGCCAACCAAAGAAUGGGAUUAAAGUCCUCGCUCAGUGCUCCUCCCCGUUUUAAUUUCUAGCCCUGGACUUGAGCUGCUGCGGCUUCACUUGUAGCUUUCCACUAAGCCACGGGCCCACUGGGUAACCCAGGGAGGGCCAGGGCUGCGACGGGGAAGGAAGGUGUCUAGAAGAGUCCAAAUGGGUCCAGGGGCCGGCCACUCUGCUGGUGCGGGUCUCUCAGCAAGUGGAGCCCCAGGGUCUCUUAGGCGGGUCUGCCUUUUCCAGGCCCAACUCGCUUUCCAUUGGUGAUGCCUGGCAUUUCUCCCACAGCUCAGGUUUGGGGAGCGUGAAGAGGCCUGCAGAGCUCAGAGUUAGGGCCUUUCAGGUCUCUACGCAGGGUUCGGUUGCGUACUGCGUGGGUCCAGGGAUUUUGGUUCUGGCCUGGGAGAUCUUGUGCACCCUGUCAGGGCCAAACGCAGACACAGCAGUCUUUCAAAUGGUUCGCCUCCACGAGGGCUGCCGCAAACUCCCUGGCCGCUCCUCCAUGGGGCCCUCGUUUGGAGGCGCAGCGGUGAAUCUGGCAGUUGCCCAGGCACCCCGCACUCCAGUCCGGCAGAUUUCAGGGACCCACAAUGGGCGGUGCCCUCUCCGCAGCCUGUCCCUGUCCAGCGCGCUCAGGCGGGGCGGUGGUGGCUCAGUUGAGGACUGAUACUGCGUUGAAUUUGACUUUUUGCGUUGGGCCGGGCGUAAACUCGCAUCUCCCGGGACCGCAGGGAUUAUUUACAGGAGGCCCGCCAACCAAACACAACAGUCUAAUUUAACCUUUCCAAGUCCUCGUAAAUUUUUACAACUGGGAGCCACGGCGAGGCAAACGAAUCUGUUAGUUGUUCCCAACUUCCCACCAGCCUGUGUGGCUUCUGAAACAAUAACUCCUUAUGAAAUAUCAUAAAUAUAGAUUUAAAUACAGUAGAGCGAGAAUGCGAUUUGGCUGCUUUUUUAUGACUUCAAUUAUUGUCUAAUUUUAUGUGAGGGGCUCCGCUGGCCGCACUCGCACGCGGGACCCGCGCCUUGCUGAUGGCGUGAUUAAUUGUGAUAUAAAAUAGUCCGCUUAAGAAGUGUAUGUCUGGUGGUGGCGGUGGGAGGGGAAGGAGUACAGAGGCAAGGCCAGAUUUGAUCUUUUAAUCUUCGUUGGCCACAAUUAAAACAAACCCGAUCGUGGAGCGUCGCGAUCCCUUUGCAUAAAAACAUAUGGCUUUUGCUAUAAAAAUUAUGACUGCAAAACACCGGGCCAUUAAUAGCGUGCGGAGUGAUUUACGCGUUAUUGUUCUGCUGGGCGGACACGUGACGCGCGCGGCCAAUGGGGGAGCGGGCGCCGGCAACUUAUUAGGUGACUGUACUUCCCCCCCUGGUGCCACCAAGUUGUUACAUGAAAUCUGCAGUUUCAUAAUUUCCUCGGGUCGGGCCGGCCGGCUGGGCGCGGGGCACAGCGAUGGCCACCACCGGGGCCCUGGGCAACUACUACGUGGACUCGUUCUUGUUGGGCGCGGACGCCGCAGACGAGCUGGGCGCCGGCCGCUAUGCGCCAGGGGCUCUGGGCCAGCCCCCCCGGCAGGCCGCGGCGCUGGCUGAGCACCCCGACUUCAGCCCGUGCAGCUUCCAGUCCAAGGCGGCGGUAUUCGGCGCCUCGUGGAAUCCGGUGCACGCGGCGGGCGCCAACGCAGUGUAUCACCAUCAUCACCCCUACGUGCACCCCCAGGCGCCUGUGGCGGCGGCGGCGCCGGACGGCAGGUACAUGCGCUCCUGGCUGGAGCCCACGCCCGGCGCGCUCUCCUUCGCGGGCUUGCCCUCCAGCCGGCCUUAUGGCAUUAAACCUGAACCGCUGUCGGCCAGAAGGGGUGACUGUCCCACGCUUGACACUCACACUUUGUCCCUGACUGACUAUGCUUGUGGUUCUCCUCCAGUUGAUAGAGAAAAACAGCCCAGCGAAGGCGCCUUCUCCGAAAACAAUGCUGAGAAUGAGAGCGGCGGAGACAAGCCCCCCAUCGAUCCCAGCAACCCGGCUGCCAACUGGCUCCACGCUCGCUCUACACGGAAGAAGCGCUGCCCCUAUACCAAACACCAAACGCUGGAACUAGAGAAAGAGUUUCUGUUCAACAUGUACCUCACCCGGGACCGCAGGUACGAGGUAGCCCGGCUGCUCAACCUCACCGAGAGGCAGGUCAAGAUCUGGUUCCAGAACCGCAGGAUGAAAAUGAAGAAAAUCAACAAGGACCGAGCAAAAGACGAGUGAUGGGUUAGGUGUUCGUUUAGAAAAGGGAGAACGAGUUAGAGAAAGAAAGGACUGUCCAUUUCCUUCUCCCAUCCCCACCCCACCCCAGCCUCCACCACCCAGCACAAAGCGGCUGUCUGUAACCUCCAGGCCUCAUCCCCCCCCCACCCCCCUGGCAAGCCCUGCUCAGGCUGGCUCUUUGGCCUGCCGCUUUGAUGGAGGAGGUAUUGUAAGCUUUCCAUUUUCUUAAAAUGAAUAAAGGGGGCAUUAGCGCUGAUGGUUGUAUGUGCUAGCUUGUAUAUAUUUAAAAAAAUCUACCUGUUCCUGACUUAAAACAAACAAAAAAACUACCUUUUUAUAAUGCACAACUGUUGAUGGUGGGCUAUAUAGUUUUUAGUCUGUGUAGUUAAUUUAAUUUGCUCUUUGUGCAACAGAGCAAUCUGCCCAGAUACUUGAACACUGUGUUUUAUUGUGGUAAUUAUGUUUUGUGACUCAAACUUCUGUGCUGGGUGACGCACCCGUUGUGAUUGUGAAAGCUAGGAUUCAAUUUGAACUCAGGUUGUUUAUGAGGGAGAAAAACAGUUGCAUAGGGUAUAGCUCUGUAGUGGAAUAUGUCUUCUGUAUAACUAGGCUGUUAACCUUUGGUUGUAAACUAGCUGUAAGGAUUUCCCAGUGAAAUAAAAAAAAAAUGGAAAAGAGAGUUCUCCGAGAUGCAUAGGUUCAUGGUUUUCUCCACGUUUGAAAUGUGGGCGUUUUAGUCUUUCCAUGCUUUAUAGGUCUAUCUUGCUCAUUGUAUAUAUAAUUCACACGUUAAAGAAAAGUAAUCAAAUGAGUUUUAAUAUUGGUUUUGCACCAGAAAAACAGUGGGGAAUUCGGAGCUAUACAUACGUGCAGAAGGUUACUACCUAUGGUUUACGUUUAAUUUUAAUCGGGGGAAAUGAAUGCUUAUUGUAACGGAGUUAAUUUUAUUGAUAAUAAAUUAUACACUAUGAAACUGCCAUCGGGCUACUGUAGAUUUGUAUCCUUGAUAAAUCUGGGGUUUCCAUCGGACUGAACAUACACUGUAUAUUUUGCAAUAGUUACCUCAAGGCCUACUGACCAAAUUGUGUUGAGAUAUUUAACUUUUUGCCAAAUAAAAUAUAUUGAUUCUUUUCUA